UGCCUGGAGAGGUCUAUUGAUCGCGCACGGCAGCCAUCAGUGCGCACUGCGGCCGCGCCUGGCUCCCCGCCCACCCCCUAGUUCUAACAUGGCGGUCGAGUGUGCGGGCGAGCGGUGGCGGGCUCUAUCUAGUGUUAGUUAAGCAGUUUGAUGUGCUCUCGGAUUACUUACCUGACUCCUCCAUCAUGCAGAAGGAGAACAGUCACCCACCAGACAACCAUCAGUAUGUGGGGCCCUACAGACUGGAGAAGACCCUGGGAAAGGGACAGACUGGUCUGGUAAAGCUGGGGGUACAGUGCGUGUCGGGUAAGAGAGUCGCGAUCAAGAUCAUAAACAGAGAAAAAUUAACAGAAUCUGUUUUACAAAAGGUGGAACGAGAAAUAGCUAUCAUGAAGUUAAUCGAACACCCGCACGUCCUCGGUCUCUACGAUGUUUACGAGAACAAAAAAUACCUGUACCUGGUGCUGGAACAUGUGUCUGGGGGAGAGCUGUUCGACUACCUCGUCAAGAAGGGCAGAUUAACACCCAAGGAAGCACGGAGAUUCUUCAGACAGAUUAUAUCAGCCUUAGAUUUUUGCCAUAGUCAUUCAAUAUGCCAUCGAGACCUCAAGCCAGAGAACCUUCUGUUAGAUGAAAAGAACAGCAUCAGGAUUGCUGACUUUGGCAUGGCCUCUCUCCAGCCCGAAGGUUCCAUGCUGGAGACUAGUUGUGGUUCCCCACACUAUGCUUGUCCAGAAGUUAUCAGGGGUGAGAAGUACGAUGGUCGAAGAGCGGACGUGUGGUCAUGUGGGGUGAUACUAUAUGCCCUUCUAGUGGGAGCGUUGCCCUUCGAUGAUGACAACCUACGCCAAUUGCUGGAGAAAGUCAAGAGGGGUGUAUUCCACAUUCCACACUUUGUCCCUCCAGACUGCCAGGACUUGCUCAGAGGCAUGAUUGAGGUCAACCCAGAGAAGCGCUUCACGCUGGAGGAGAUCAACAAGCACCCAUGGGUGGUGGCGGGUGGGAAGGGUGAGCUGGAGCUGGAGAAACCAAUGAUGGAGGUGGUUCAGACUCACAUCAUCCCCACUAAGGACAGCAUCGACCCAGACGUCAUCAGGAAUAUGGCCUCCCUUGGUUGCUUCAAGGACAAAGAUAAGGUCAUGUUAGACCUCCUUGAUCCUUGUCACAACACAGAGAAGGUCAUUUACUUCCUCCUACUGGACCGGAAAAGACGGAAACCUGCGUGUGAGGAUGAGAAUGAGAUCAUCCAUCGAUACCGCUCAGAGUCUGCUGACCCACCACGCAAGAGAGUGGACACCUGCUCUGUCAAUGGAACUAUGUCACACUUCGAGCGUCUUGCUGAGGGCUCGCCCAUCAGCCCGCGUCGUAACCUUUCCCAUCAGUCGUCGCACACACUUCCAUGCAGUCGUCGGCGCUCUGGAAAUAACAACAGUGGCUCUCACUCUCCCCUCCACUCGAACAACGUGACACCAACUGCCUCCCCACUCUCCUCACCACGCACCUCCCGCCACCACCAUUCCCAGCAACAUUACCACCACCACCAUAGCAGCACCAGCACUAGCACCAGUACCAGUACCAGCGGGGUCAGCACUGUUGUCAGUAGUACCAGCAGUCACCAGCAGUCAUGCACAAUAACUCCGGGCGACGACAGCAACCCUCCGUCUGCGCCUGGUUCUCCCUACUCUGCGCCUUACUGGAAGUCCCGCCUCAACACUAUUAAGAAUUCUUUUCUAGGCUCCCCGCGCUUCCACAGACGGAAAUUACAAGGUACAAUACUACAUUUUGUCAUUUUGUUCUAGUCAGCUGUGUCUUUCUGU